GAAUGUUAAAUGAUAUUUCUUUACAAACAGAAACGGCAUUAGUUUUUUUAAAUGGCCUUUUAACAAUUUUAUUGAGAAAUGCUUUGGUUCAGUUAAUUUAUAAUGGGGGUGGAACAACAAUGAAUCAGGAGGAUUUGAAAUGGCAUUUAUUCACUCUAGAUUUCCUUACAAUUGUAAUUCCAAUGUUUCUUAUUCAAACACUUCUGGCUGAUUAUUUGUUUAUAAUACUUGGAAUAUUUAUAAUACUCAUUUUAAUUAUUUUAAUUUUAAAUAAAUCAAAAGUUCCAUCCAAAAGAAAUCGUCCACAUGAAGAAUCUCUUACUAUUAAUUCUCAAAACUCGAAGCUUCAAUUUUGUGAUCUGUUCAAUUGUUGUAAACUUGUUAGGCCUGAUACAUGCCGAGCUAUUUAUAAUUCACACACAAUGUUUAGAGCUCUUCUUCUCAAUACAACAGCUUUAGCAAUUUUAGCUGUUGACUUUUCAAUUUUUCCUCGAAGAUUUGCCAAAACUCAUUAUUAUGGUCAAUCUUUAAUGGAUACUGGAACUGCUGCUUUUGUUUUUGUAAAUGCUUUGGCUGAUGAAAGUGCUGAAAGGGAAGGAAGAAAACCUAGAGAAAGGGCUUUAAAAUCUACAAUGAAUUUAUUCUUCUUUCGCGUUCCAACACUUUUGGUACUCGCAUUACUUGGUAUUGGGCGUUCAUUAUUUGUUCAUUUGAGUGGAUAUGGACAGGAUGUUACAGAAUACGGCGUUCAUUGGAAUUUUUUUGUUACUUUAUUUUUCAUUCGGAUGUUUGUGGCAAUUGUUCCAACACAAUUAAUUAUAUUUAUUGGUUUACUUAUUGGUUUAAUUUAUCAAUAUUUAUUAACUUUUGCUGGUUUGGAAGGAUGGUUAUUAAAAUCUGAAUAUGGAGGAAGACAUGGUUUUGUUGAUCAAAAUCGGGAAGGAAUAUUUUCUUUGUUUGGCUAUUUUUUCAUUUAUUCUGCUUCGUUUCUUUAUGCAAAAUGUUCAGCACAUUUUUUGGAAAAAGAAAAACGUCUUUCACUUGCACGUACUCUACUACUAUUUCUAAUCAGUAUAUUUUGCUAUUUGUUACAAUAUUUGUUGGAAAAUUAUGGUUUACGAUUGCAAGCUUCAAGACGUCUUGCGAACUUGACUUAUUGUUUUGCUAUGUUGGCUUUAUUUUCUGCUUCAACAAUUUUGCUUCAAAUUUUUCAAUUUAUUGCGCCAAUGCCACGAUCAAAAGGUGGACUUGUAGAAGCAAUAAGUAGAAAUGCUUUAUUACAUUUUCUGAUUGCAAAUUUAUUAACUGGAUUUGUAAAUAUGUUUAGCGACAAUAUUUUAGAACUUAAAGGAAUAGUAACUCAAAGUUUAAUUCUAAUCAUAUAUUCAUUAAAUACCUCAUUUUUAAUUUAUUUAAUUCCAAUAAGAAGAACCUCAAAAUAA